AUGGCAAAAGUUAGACAUGUUAGUUUUUAUCAGGCGACAACUAAAGUAAAUGUCCUGAAAAAGUGGUCUAAUAAUGACUACUUGGUGCUAGAUUUGCAAAAGUCCUGGGAAAAUUAUGGAAAUUGGUCGUCAGAAACCGGUUUGUAUGAGAAUUAUCGAAACAGACCGAAGUCUCAAAGACGCGCCAAUUUGAAAGGGGCCAAUUUAGUUGUCGGUCUUGUGGCAUUCGAAAACGACACUUUGAAUCAUUUGACCGAUUACAUGUAUCCAGGAGUCGAUACUUUCACCAAACAAGACUUCGAACCCAUGAUGUGUGUUUUGAAACACAUGAAUGUAAACUACUCGUUUUUGAUUGUUGACAAUUACGGGUAUGUGGAUGAGAAAACGGGGCUUUUCAGUGGAUUGGUGCGAGAAGUUCAAACUGGAAGAGCUGACAUUUCAGCCGGCUCAAUUUUCUUUACAAAAGAACGUUACGAAGCUGUUGACUUAAUCAAACAAGGRAACCCUCAUCCAAUUAGAUUUGUAGUAAAAAAACCCUCAACUUCUUACAUCAAAAAUAUUUUUCUUAUAACUCUCAAUUUUAAUGUUUGGAUUGCUUCGACUGUGAUUCUAGCCGUUUUCGCGUUUGUUGUUCACGUGAUUCUUAAUUGGGAAGUGAAAAAUAAGAAGGUGAAAGUCAAGCAAAAUAAGUACAGUGUGAGCGACGUGACGCUUAUUGCCCUAGAAGCAGUGUGUCAACAAGGAACUACAACCGAGCCCCAAAGUUUGGCCGGCAGGAUCCUUAGCUUGAUCCUKUUYGGAGCUUUCAUGUUUAUUUAUGUGUCCUACAGUGCAAAUAUUGUGGUUUUAUUACAGUCCACGACAAAAAUUAAUGACAUACAAGAACUGUUAGASAGUCGAAUAGAAGCGGGUGGCUGUCAGAUUCAUUACAUGAAAAAUUAUUUCGAGGGGGUAAAAAAAGGCCCUCUAAGGCAGCUAUACUUGAAUAAAAUCUAUCCUAACCAGUAUUUUCCGCUAGAAGUCGGUAUGAAAAAAGUCCAUCAAGGGAAUUUUGCCUUCCAUGUGUCCCUACAAUCGGCCUAUGACUACAUUUUGCACUAUUUUACAAAUUACGAAAUUUGUGGAUUACAGGAAUUGCCGGGAUAUAUCGAGGAGAAUCUAGGUUACAUAGCCGUACCAAAACUGUCUCCCUACAAAGAUCUAUUUAAAGUCGUGUACGAGUCGUGUUUCAGUUUUUACCCAGAUACAGUUUUGCUUUCAGGAUAUUAA